ACCUCGCUCAGCCCCAUGGACGGACCCACAGCGGCGUCCGCACGCACCCGCCUCCGGCCCUCGGCCUCCUCAGAGAGGCCGCCCGCAGGCCCCGCCCAGAAGCCGCCCGGAGGCCCCGCCCACGCCGCGGCCGCCGGGUCCAAGUCCACGCCCCCUGCGAGGAGUUUCCCAAAACUCAGCGCGGCAGGCCUCGGCCGCGCUAAGAUGGCGACUCCCAUGCAUCGGCUCAUAGCCCGGAGACAAGCUGAAGCGAAUAAGCAACAUGUAAGAUGUCAGAAAUGCUUGGAAUUUGGACAUUGGACUUAUGAAUGCACAGGAAAAAGAAAAUACCUACAUAGGCCUUCAAGAACAGCAGAACUAAAGAAAGCUUUAAAAGAAAAAGAAAACAGAUUAUUAUUACAACAAAGCAUUGGAGAAACCAAUGUAGAAAGAAAGACCAAGAAAAAAAGGGCUAAGAGCGUAACCAGUUCCAGUAGCAGCAGCAGUGACAGUUCAGCCAGUGACUCCUCGUCAGACAGUGAGGACACGUCUACCUCAUCCUCCUCUGAGGACAGUGACACCGACGACAGCUCCUCCAGUUCCUCCUCCUCAGCCUCCUCCACAAGCUCUUCGUCCUCUUCCUCCUCCGACUCCGACUCCAGCUCUUCCAGCAGCAGCAGCACCAGCACAGAGAGCAGCUCUGAGGAUGAGCCACCAAAGAAGAAGAAAAGGAAAUAGAGUGGCCGCAGCCGGGGGACUGAUGCCCCGAGACGCGGCAAGGUUCUGCGAGGGGCUCCCAGGGCGGCCCGGCCGGCUCAGCGAACAGGUCACGAGGCACAGAGUUCAAGUUUCCAAACGUUUUGUGUUGUCAGAGCAUAAAGAGUGUUAAUAAUGGAUUAUAGAGAGAGACUUUUUUAUGUUAAGGGGGAAUCUUGUUUUUCUUUUUUAUCUUAAGUAUGUAUCUCUAGAACUUAAUCAAAGCUGAAAUCCAGUAAAUCUGCUUUUGUGAUUAAAUUUAUGUUUUUCCUCCCUGUGAGGUAAAUGCUGUCUUUUGUUAUAUGUUAAUAGUAUGUUUUCAGCAUAAUACAUCAGAAUAUCUUAUCAAUGAAUUUCUAAUGUUUUUGGCGUGUGUUACUAUGUAAGAUUUAAUACAUUGUUACGAUGAGUUUAGGAAUUUCUUACUGUUGAUAAAUGUGUCCUAUUUUUAUGUUUAUGUUCAAAAAGUCAUUCUGACUUUUUAUCCUAAAUGAUUAGUUCAAGAAACCAAUUAAUAUAUUUAGACUUUUUGAAAGCUGUUAAGUUUGAAGUUGUGGUUUAUCAUUCAUUCUUCUGGUUCCUAAAGUUCAUAGAAUUACCUCUGCCAAGGAAAAUCAUUGCAAAAGGACAAAAAGGGACAAGAAAAUCUGAAACGACUUGAGUCUACUCUUGGUGCCUUUUUAAAAAUUCAGUGUAUUGGAAAAGAAAGCAACUAUUCAAAAGCCUAAUUUAAGUAAAAGUACCAUAAACACAUUUUGUGUGUUAGUAUGCUUUAGGGCUCCCCUCAAAAAGGGUGAGGAAGGAGGGGAAGAAAGGUCAUUUUUGCAUAAAAGGAGGGCAAUGUUGGCUGUCUUUUAUUUUUAAAAUUUUUAGACACUUGUAAAGAUUGCCUUUUGCCAUUUUGCAAUUAUGAUAGUGUACAUUAACUGUAUGUCAAUCUACUAUAUAAAUAUGAAUGACUAGGACUAAUCUGUGUGUUUACAUAGCAAACACAAGGUGAAAGGCUGCAAAGGAGAUUCUGCACGAUGUUUCUUAAACAAAAUACUCUUACUGUGAUGUGUAAUCGCUCGUAAUGUGGUUUCACAUCACAUUAUUCUGUGAUAGCUUUUAAACUUUGUAGAAAGAGGUAUAAUUUGUAGAAAAAUCUUGAUUUGGGUUAAAUACAAGUUUUUAAAACUAUAAAUGUUGUCUUUUUAUAUUUUUAUAAAAACAGUGGAAAAUGCUAUUGAAUAAAAUGGGCUUCUUUAGAAAUAUUGAAGUAUCUGUCAGUUGUGGGUUUAAGAAGCCUGUAAUGGCACUGGCGCUGUGGCAUAGUAGGCUAAGCCUCCACCUGUGGUGCUGGCAUCUCAUAUAGGAGCCGAUUCUUGUCCUGGCUGCUCCACUUCCAGUGCAGCUCUCUGCUGUGGCCUGGAAAAGCAGUAGAAGAUGGCCCAAGUGCUUGGGCCCCCACAUGCCUAUGGGAGACCUGGAAGAAGCUCCAGACUCCUGGCUUCGGAUCAGCCCAGCUCUGGCCGUUUUGCCCAUUUGGGUGUGAACCAACGGAUGGAAGACUUUUCUCUCUGUCUCUCCCUCUCUUUCUGUAACUCUACCUCUCAAAUUAAUAAAUAAAAUCUUUUAAAAAAAAAAAAAAAAAAA